AUGGCCGACCUCUUCCCCCCCCCGGAGCCCUGCGCGGGGCCCGACGUGGCGCAGCGCUUCGCCCGCAAAGGGGCCCUCCGCCAGAAGAACGUGCACGAGGUGAGGGAGCACAAGUUCAUCGCGCGCUUCUUCAAGCAGCCCACCUUCUGCAGCCACUGCACCGACUUCAUCUGGGGAUUUGGGAAACAAGGAUUUCAGUGCCAAGUUUGCUGCUUUGUGGUUCACAAGAGGUGCCAUGAAUUUGUUACCUUUUCAUGUCCUGGGGCAGACAAGGGGCCUGACACGGAUGACCCUAGAAGUAAGCACAAGUUCAAAAUCCACACAUAUGGAAGCCCAACAUUUUGUGACCAUUGUGGGUCAUUACUUUAUGGACUUAUACAUCAAGGGAUGAAAUGUGACACCUGUGAUAUGAAUGUUCACAAACAAUGUGUGAUAAAUGUCCCAAGUCUUUGUGGCAUGGAUCACACAGAAAAAAGAGGGAGAAUCUAUUUGAAGGCUGAAGUUACUGCUGACAAGCUAGAAGUCACAGUGCGAGAUGCAAAAAACCUAAUUCCCAUGGAUCCAAAUGGGCUUUCAGAUCCUUAUGUGAAGCUGAAACUUAUUCCAGAUCCUAAGAAUGAAAGUAAAAAAAAAACAAAAACCAUUCGCUCUACUCUUAAUCCAAACUGGAAUGAGACAUUUACAUUUAAAUUAAAACCUACAGACAAGGACAGAAGGUUAUCUGUUGAAGUCUGGGACUGGGAUCGAACAACUAGGAAUGAUUUCAUGGGCUCUCUUUCUUUUGGAGUAUCAGAACUCAUGAAAAUACCAGCGUGUGGAUGGUACAAACUGCUUAAUCAGGAAGAAGGAGAAUAUUACAGUGUUCCAAUACCAGAAGCUGAUGAUGAUGGAAAUGUGGAACUGAGACAGAAGUUUGAGAAAGCCAGACUUGGACCUUCUGCUAACAAAGUUAUAACUCCAAUUGAAGACCGGACCUGUAAUUUACCCUCCAACAAUCUUGAUCGGGUUAAGCUGACAGAUUUCAACUUUCUCAUGGUACUUGGGAAAGGGAGCUUUGGGAAGGUGUUGCUGGCAGAACGAAAGGGUGCAGAUGAACUGUAUGCAGUCAAAAUACUGAAAAAAGACGUGGUGAUUCAGGAUGACGAUGUAGAGUGUACAAUGGUUGAAAAAAGAGUUCUAGCCUUGCCGGACAAGCCUCCUUUCCUAACACAGCUCCAUUCUUGCUUCCACACGGUGGAUCGCCUGUACUUUGUCAUGGAGUAUGUGAAUGGUGGUGACCUCAUGUAUCAUAUUCAGCAAGUAGGAAAAUUCAAGGAGCCCCAAGCAGUGUUCUAUGCAGCAGAGAUCUCAGUGGGACUUUUUUUUCUCCAUAAAAAAGGAAUCGUUUAUCGGGAUCUCAAAUUAGAUAACGUAAUGUUGGAUUAUGAAGGACACAUUAAGAUUGCAGAUUUUGGGAUGUGUAAGGAGCAUAUGAGUAAUGGCGUUACAACAAGGACCUUCUGUGGGACUCCAGAUUACAUUGCACCUGAGAUUAUUGCUUAUCAGCCAUAUGGAAAGUCAGUGGACUGGUGGGCCUAUGGUGUAUUGUUAUAUGAGAUGCUUGCUGGUCAGCCCCCAUUUGAUGGUGAAGAUGAAGAUGAGCUCUUUCAAUCAAUAAUGGAACAUAAUGUAUCUUAUCCAAAAGCAAUGUCCAAAGAAGCUGUGUCCAUUUGUAAGGGGUUGAUGACUAAACACCCUGCCAAACGUCUUGGUUGUGGGCCAGAGGGGGAGAGAGAUAUCAGAGAACAUGCAUUCUUCAGGAGAAUUGACUGGGAGAAACUGGAGAACCGAGAGAUACAGCCUCCAUUCAAGCCUAAAGUGUGUGGCAAGGGUGCCGAAAACUUUGACAAAUUCUUUACCAGAGGACAGCCAGUGUUAACACCACCUGAUCAGCUGGUUAUUUCUAACAUAGACCAAACGGAUUUUGAAGGGUUCUCCUACAUCAACCCACAGUUCGUUCACCCCCUGUUGCAGAGCGUACUAGUAUGAAAGGGAUCGACAUGGAAACCACACAGUGAAAAAUUGUCCUUAACUCUGGAGUUUUUAGACCUUUGCCUUGUUGAUUCCAUUUGGGUCUGAAAAUUGUAGAGGUAGGAAGUAGGGGUAAGAAGCAUGGGAAAUUUUUGAGGUUUACAAGCAAAGAGUGUGUGGUCUUCAGAGAUCAUCACACAAGCACCCAUUGUAUUCAUUUAGGAAUCACUGCUGCUUUUAUGUUCGUUCUAUGAAACUAGUCUUUGUCAAUGCAUUUUUAUAACUUCUGUUGUCCCCAUUUGUCCCCUAUAUCUCAAUGACUCACAUUUUCUUCUUAUAAACUUGAUAACAAAUAUAAUGGUACCAUGUAUGUUUGGAGAAAAUACUCAUAAAAAAAUUAAGCAGAUC